GCAGUUGCUAAAUAUAGAGUAGUGCUUGGCGUGUCGUCACUACCGGUGUGACAAGGGCCUAACGACAACAUUUCGGGUAAUGAAUUUUGACUAUGAGAUCCACACACGUGCGAUACAGCAGCAUAGACGCCACGAUUGUUCUCACUUUGGUGGUCACGUGCAGUGGGUUCUCGUGGGUCAAGUUCCCGGUAAACCUGACGGUAUGCAGUGGACAGGACGCGAGGUUCAACUGGCUGUUCCAGCUCUCGUCAGGUGAACGCGUCAGGCAGCUGUUCUGGGCCAAAGAACCUAGAACAAACAUUUCUGUCUGGGAUGGAGAAAAAUUCCACAUCGAGCCUAGCCCAUUCAAAAAUCGGGUAGAGCAAUUUCAAAACGGGAUAUUUAUUUUAAAAUCGUGCGAGAUGAACGACAGUGGUAAUUUUAGAAUGGAGCUGACUGUGGACAACCCGUUGAAAUGGUUGAGAACACAGCACACAGCCAUCUGCGCUUUACAGGUCCAAGACUGGGCUGCACCCUCACUUGGGAGCCCACCAGCUGACAGCAUCCCCCCUGUCGAUGGAUGUAAAGAGUUUCGCUGUUUUGAGAAUCUUGUGUUUCUCGGUCGGCCGCCCGUGCAGUUCCAGUGGAAGCAUGAAGAUGAUAUCGUAAACGGCAACAGACGUGGUAACUAUAGUUACCUGUCUGUUUGCGAUAUCGACGACAAGUACAAUUACUCGUGUCGACUAGUAGGUGACGCUUUAUCUUGUCUGCCUCCUGAACAUCCAUUGAGAAAUCCACUUGUCUUCACAAACCCACUUGUCUUCACAAAUCCACCAGCGAGGUUUUCAAUAUUAGUUGGUAUUUCUGUGUCUCUGACCAUGGUUCUACUAUUAUGUGCUGCUGUUUUCGGCCUCCGGUGGUGGAGUAAACAGAAAGGAGAAAAGACGGGCAAUACAACACCCAUUGAAGUCUCUUCAGUUGAGAGGGAACUACCUACAACACCCGAAGAUCAGAAUAUGGCAGAAGAUCAGAAUAUGGCAGAAGAUCAGAAAUUCCAGGCUUAACGAGAAAAAGACUUAUUUAACGAGAACCACCGUUUAGCCAGUCUGGCUGAAUUCAAGACCCGCGCUUACAAAACUCAAAAUUCUGACUUUUCUAAAGUCUAGACUUUAAAAUCAUGUGACAACGUGCUAAUAACGUAUUGAAGUCUAGACUCAACGGUUUAGUAAAAUCAAGAGAUGUGGGCAUCAGUCUCAAGUGGAUAUUGAAUAGGGGUCCAGUGACUCUCCCAAGUUUGAAUUGCCCCGUUUAAUCACUUUUUGUUUUAAAUUCAUCAUCCGCAAUAUAGAACACUAAACUUCCCUGAAAAACAAUGUCCGGAGAGAAUAUCCCCCCCCCCCCCUCACACCCCCACCCCGAACCCGUGUACAGAUCUCGCUCCCUUUGAGAGCUUGGUACACACUUAAUUUCCCAUUUUAGAAUUUUGUGACGCCUCCCCUCCCCUCCCCCCCCCCCCUUACAAAAUCCUGGAUCUGCCCCUGCUAGUAGAGAAACCUUUAAGCAAGGUUCUUACAGGCGAUAUAUAGUAUUAAAGCCUACUUGCCCUUUCUAAAACAUUUCUGGAAAACCACAUUUUAUUAUUUGGUUUUGCCUUAAAAAUCGCAUUUAUUUCAGUAUAUGUUGAAGAGUUUUUAGCUUUUGAAAGAUCAUUUCAGCUUGUGUUUUAUUUUUAAUUCAGUAUUACACUCCAGAAUAUAAUUUGGAUGGUGUAAUAACGCAGUAGUUUGCAGUCGAUGACGUAUAGCAUGCCCGUAGGAACCGGGAAGGCUGCCCACCCCCCACCCCACUGAUUUUUUUUUUUUCCCCCCGUCCUACUCCAUAUAAAUAUGUGCCCUCCCCCCCCCCCCCCCCCGAGACUGCACCCCUCCACUAAAGAUAUGACCUCCAUCAGUUAGCGUUCCUACGAGCCUGUGUGGUGUGUUUUCAAAGUUUCAAAUCUUUUGAUGUAGUUUGUAUGAAAAUAAAUAAGGUUUUAUCUGUGAAAGAGCAACCUUUUAAAAAGUUAAA